UUCCUCUCCUCUCUGUUUUAGCUUCUCAAUUGCUCUCUCUUCACGGCAACUGUAGAGAGAGAAAGAGAGGCACAGAGUCUCAUCCCUCUCUAAAACCCAAGCACAGGAGAGAUACGUUUUCCGAGAUUCAAACACCAUUUCCUCAUCUGGUUUGGUCUUUUAUGCCUAAUAUCUUCUGUGAUUAUUUUUUUUUGGCUUUUUCGGUGAAAAAUGGAAUACGUGGGGAAGACGCUGUACAAAGAAUUUGCUGGCUUUGGGGUUUUCGCCGGAAUCGUGAAAUCGUACGACUCGGCUUCUGGCCUUUUCGAGAUCAUCUAUGAGUACGGAGACACCGAGGAGCUCGAAUUGCCUGUGGUGGCUUCUCUCCUGGGGGUUUCCCCGAGCUUAGCUCCAGCUCAGGAGGUUGUGAAAGAAAGGGUGAGGCUCGGCCGCAAGUCCAAGAAGCGGCGUUGGGUGCAGCUCGAGAAAGGGGAGACUUCUGAAUCAGGUAACGGUAAGUUUUGUGGAAAUGUUGAUCUGAAUGGCGGGGUUGGGGAGUUGCCAGAGAAUGGAAGUGAGUUUGACAGGAGUUUUUGCGGAAGUGUCUCUUUUUGUGUAGGGGAUACGAAUUUGGAUCGAAAUGGUGGUUUGAAUGAUGGGGGUCAUUAUUCUGAACCCAUGUUUGAUUUAAAUGCUGCUGGCUUUGAUUUGAAUGUAACUGAUGAGGAUGAUUUAGGUGUUGGGGUUAAUUUGAAUAAUGACCUUCAGCAAGAAUUGGAGAAGGGAAAAUGCUUUGAUUUGAAUUCAAAUGUGAAUCCUGAGAUGGAGGAAAAUUUGAAGGAGGGAAGUUUGGAGGGAAGUUUGAAGAAAAGGAAAUCUGGCUUUGACUUGAAUUUGGGCGCUGACGAGGAACUUAAGGAUGAUACAAUUGUUGAUUGUGAAGGACAAAUGAAGGAAAGUACUUCAACGAUUCUAAAGGUACAGGGGGCGUCUUGCAGCGGAUUUGACGGACCCGAUGCCCAUGGUGGCAAUGUUGAAGGGACAUUGAUAGAACUACAUGUGUCUGAGGAUUUGCAUCUUGGGUUGGUUGACAGGAAUCAGGUAGAAGAUGGUAUUUCUGUUGGAGAUGUGAAAAUGACUGUCUCGCUAUUGGAAGUUAAUGGUUUAAGGGCUUAUGACACAUUAAAAGAUGACAGUCAAGAUGAUGUUGGAAGUGGUGAUAGGCAGGCGAGCUCUCGGAGAAAGAGAAGAAAGCUUUCAGAUAAUUUGAAUGCUACAGCAGAAAGGGUGUUGAGGAGAAGUGCGCGUAGAGGGUCUGGUAGAUAUGAUGUUCCAGCAAUGGCACCUUGUAUUGUGGCCAAUGAUUUAUCAGCUACAGUGGUUGGCUCUGCGACAGAGGAGAAACCACUGAUUUCCAGUGUUGAACAGGCAGACGAUCCUACCAUUCUUCCUCCGAAGCAGCAACUUCCACCUUCUUCAGGGCAUUUGGUUUUGGAGGGAAUGCCCAUCCUUGAGAUUUUUUCUGUAUAUUCUUGUUUAAGAUCAUUCAGUACUUUAUUAUUUCUAAGCCCCUUUGAGCUGGAGGACUUUGUGGUGGCAUUGAAUUGCAAGUUCCCUACUCCAUUAUUUGAUUGCGUUCAUGUUUCAAUCUUGCAAAUACUAAGAAAGCACUUGGAGUAUUUGUCAAGUGAGGGUUCUCAGUCUGCUUCCGAUUGCCUAAGGAAUCAAAAUUGGGAACUUUUAGACAUUAUUACGUGGCCCAUUUUCAUGGUCGAAUACCUGCUAAUUUUCGGUUUAGGAAGCAAACCUGAAUUUAAUCUCUGUGACUUGAAGCCAUUUGAAUGUGAUUACUACAAACAGCCUGCAUCAGUAAAGGUUGAGAUACUUCAGUGUUUGUGUGAUGAUAUGAUGGAGGUAGAAGUGAUAAGGUCAGAGAUAAUUAGAAGAUCGUCGGCAGCUGUGCCUGAUGUUGAAUUUGAUAGGAAUGUAAGCAUAGAGGUUCACAAGAAAAGACAGGUUGCUGUAGAAGUUUCUGGUGUCUAUUGCUUGACCAAGGACGUUGUAAAUGACACGACUGACUGGAAUAUCGAUGAAUGCUGCCUUUGUAAGAUGGAUGGAAACUUAAUAUGCUGCGAUGGUUGUCCUGCUGCGUAUCAUUCAAAGUGUGUUGGGGUUGCUGGCGAUUCUUUGCCAGAAGGUGAGUGGUACUGCCCUGAGUGUUCCAUUGACAGGCAUAAACCUUGGAUGAAAUCUCGUCAGUCUCUUCGUGGAGGAGUGCUGUUGGGAGUUGAUCCUUAUGGUCGUUUGUAUUUUAGCAGCUGUGGCUACCUGUUGGUGUCAGAUUCAUGCGAGAAUGAAUUAUUAUCCAAUUACUACCACAGAGACGAUCUGAAUGUUGUUGUUGAUGCGCUCAAGGUUUCAGAGAGAUUGUAUAGUAGCAUAUUAGAGGCAAUCUACAGACACUGGGACAUCCCUAUUCGCUCAAAUGGAGCAAGUAGUAAUGUGGAUUUUGGAAACCGGACUGUGUGCUCAGAGAUGUGCACACCAGAAACAUUUCCAGUUAAGGAUGAUACUCCCAGUGCAAGAAAAACAGAACAAAAGUCUGUUCCGUUCUCAGAUCAACUUGAUACUGAGGUUUCAAAGUCUGUGAGGCUCCAUUCGGAGAAUGCAGUGGAAAUCCAAUAUGUAAGUUCUGAGGGAUCUGCUGGGACCACCCAAAAAAAUUCAGGUAUUCCAAAUAUCAAAAGGGAAAGGCCUGGCAUUUCUAAUAUGUCUGCUGAAAUCUCGAAUCAGACUGAGCAGCCUGGAAAGUUUCUUGAAGACAGUUCUUUGUCAUCUCCUAAUUUGAAUAUCAAAGGAGAUGACAAUGUAGAAUCCACGCCUCCUGUACCUCCCCUAUCCGAGAAACAAAGAACAGGGGACACUCUACAAGUUCAGAGUGGAACUGGUUAUGUUAACAGUUACUGUUUUGCUCAUGUAGCCUCUUCAGUGGCAGAAGAGUUGUUGCAUAAUUCAUCGGGUAAAAUCAGUCAAGAGUUCAUGAAAUCAGACGAGGAGAUGGUUUCGUCACAGAUGACGGCCAUUUGGAAGAAAUCAAUGAAGUUAUAUUGGUCAAGUGUUCAGAAUCUAAGUGUCAAUGUGCAGAAUGAAAAGUGUGGGUGGUGCUUUUAUUGCAAAGCUCAAACUGAUGACUCAGAUUGCUUGUUUAACAUGAAUUCAGGCAUUCUAAAGGAAGAGUGUAGAAGUGAUUUGGUCGGCUUUCACUCAAAAAAAAUGAGAAAUGACCAUCUAAAUGAUGUCAUUUACCACAUCCUCUCAAUUGAAGAAUGUUUGCAAGGGCUACUAUUGGGUCCUUGGCUAAAUCCGCAUUACUCAAAGGUCUGGCGUAAAAAUGUUCUCAGGGCAUCAGAUAUUGUUUCUGCAAAACAUGUGUUGCUUACUCUAGAAUCAAAUCUGCACCACCUUGUUCUUUCACCCGAGUGGUUUAAGCAUGUGGAUUCCAUGGUGACAAUGGGUUCCGCUUCUCAUGAUGUGACUGCCUCCUUACGCUCAUCUUCUAAGCAUGGGGUUGGCAGAAAAAGGGGCAGGUGCUCAGGUUUGGAGGCCAACCCUUCUUCACGUUCUGCUGGUGGACUUGUUAUGUUUUGGUGGAGGGGUGGAAAACUUUCUCGGCGGUUGUUCAAUUGGAAGGUUUUACCUCGCUCUAUGGUGUCCAGGGCUGCCAGACAAGGUCUUCGAUCUCUCUUGGCUUCUUGUAUUCAUUUGGUUUGGUAUUCUGAAUUUGUUUUAAAUUUAAAUUGUGCAGCUGGUUGUACGAAACUACCGGGAAUAUUUUAUCCUGAGGGUACAGACUUUUCAAGGAGAAGCAAAUACAUUGCAUGGAGAGCUUCUGUUGAGUCAUCUACAAGUGUAGAGCAGCUUGCUUUGCGGGUUCGAGAGCUUGAUUCAAUCAUCAGGUGGGAUGAAAUCAAUCCGCAUCCUCUAUCUAAGCUGGACAAGGAAUUCAAAAAGUCAGUCAGGCUGUUCAAGAAGGCUGUCAUUCGAAGGAAGUGUCUAGAAGGCGAAGGGUUGAAAUACCUUCUUGAUUUUGGCAAGAGAAAAACCAUACCUGAUGUUAUCAUGAAAAAUGGGUCCAUGAUUGAAGAAUCUUCUAGUGGAAGGAAGAAAUAUUGGCUGAACGAAUCGUUUGUGCCCUUGUACCUUUUGAAAAGUUUUGAAGAGAAAAGAAUUGCUCGUAAAUCCAGCAACAUGAGUUCCCAUAAAGUAUCUGAGACACUUAGAGUAGUGAAGAAGCCAUCGACGGAACGGGGGUUUCAGUACCUUUUCUCAAAGGCGGAGAGAUCGGAGUAUUAUCAGUGUGGACACUGUAACAAAGAUGUUUUGAUCAGGGAAGCUGUGUGCUGCCAAUAUUGCAAUGGAUAUUUUCAUAGAAGGCAUGUUAGGAAGUCUGCUGGGGCCAUAGCUGCUGAAUAUACUUAUACAUGCCACCGAUGCUAUGGGGGGAACUGUGUGAAGACUGAUGCAAAAACAGGGAAGAAGGCCACAAAAGGUGGGAAAAAUAACACGGAAGGUAUGAAGCCUAAGCUGCAAGAUGGUAAAAAGUCAUCUAAAGAAUGCAGGUCAGUGAAACUAAAAGUAAGUAAAAAUGCAUUAUCAAGGCCUGUAAAAUCAAAAAGUAACAAAAAGAUUGUUGCUGGCAUAACACUGCGCCGUUCCCCUAGAAAAAAUAAAUAUGUGUCAUUCCAAAAUAAAAAACCUAGAGGACGCAAGAAAGGGAAACAAGUAAGGGCCAGAAGAGGGAACUUCAAGGAAUCAAAGAAAGAUGCUUCGAGGCGCAAGAAAAGAACACAGGCUUACUACAGUUACUGGGUCAACGGUCUAUGCUUUUCCAGAAAGCCAGAUGAUGAGAGGCUAAUGGUUUUUAGGAGUAAAAUAUUGUUAGCCCCUUCUGAGCAUAUCACUGUUAACCUUGAUCAACACAAAUGCCAUCUUUGUGGUGGAGGUGGAUAUACAUCAACGUCAAAUUAUAUUGCCUGCGAACUUUGUGGAGAAUGGUUUCAUGGAGAAGCUUUUGGGCUGAAUAUGGAGAAUGUUUCUUUGCUAAUUGGAUUUAGGUGCCAUGUUUGUCUUAAGAGGACAUCCCCAGUUUGCCCGCAUAUGUGAAAUAUGGGAAUUUAAGGGAUCUCAGCUUGGUGCUGGACAAAAUACCGUUGGUUGUUGUGAGGAAGAAUGUCACAUCGUCCCUGCUCUGAUUGAGGUUAAUUCUGGAAAUAGUUCCGUUGCAAACAAGGAUCUUCAAGUUUCUUUCCCAUGAAAUUCUGGAAAUAAUUCUGUUGCAAACAAGGAUCUUCAAGUUUCGUUGCCAUUUCAUGGGUGUGCUGCUAAUAACGAGCAAUGAAAUUGUGCUCUGGAUUCAAGUUAGAUGCAGAAAAUGGGCAUGCACUAGUACACAAGCAGCAGAAUCCAGGCAACUGAAAUCGCUAACAAGGAUUUGAAACCAGACUUGCUAACAAUAUCUGACAAAAAUAUUAUGAAGAACGUGGAUACAUUGAUACAAUCAAACAUCUGAUAAUGUGGUGCAGGUUCCUUCCUGCAAGAUUGCAUUAGAUGUAGAUGCUAAAUUAGCAAUGAUGCAGCAUGACAAAGCGAAGGAUGGCCUAACAAGUAUCCUGAAGUUGCCAAGCAAUUGAGCCCUUCUCGGCUUCAUUGACUUGCAUUUGCCGGUAUUUACGGUGUCUGAUAAAAUGUUAGGCGGGAGCAUUACCAGAGUAGAUAAGAGUAACAAUCUUUUUUCCCUCUGAGGAGGGUUGCCAGCACUGCGAGGAAUCACUUGUAAAUCUUAUAACGUUGUUGAAAUUAAUAGUCACAGUUUUAGUGAUGCACAGAGUCAUUCAUUUUCAGCAAGUAAUAGAAGACUUUGCUGACCUCCAUCGGCCCCAUUGGCUGCUACAAGGUUCUCUGAAAUUGUUUGCUACAUUGAAGGUUGACAGAGCAGAUUCAUGUUUUCAAGUGUUGCAUACUCAUGAAAGAAUGUGGAAACAUGAACUUCUCUGCUGGCAGGUCUGGAAGGUAUUCUUAGCAUUCUCAAGGAUCCUUCUUUGCAGAGUGUUAAAGUCACUGAGUCCUGUUUGCUUCACAUAGAGAUUCUCCCAGGAUUGGAAUAACUACAGAUGGUAAUUCUGCAUCUGCCUUGGACAUUGAUAAUUUUCCUGAUUUGAUAGCUGGAUAGAGCAUCCCCUUUAAGCUCCAAAGUUCCUUGUAUUCUUCUUUGUUGCUUGAGACUAGUCAUUUUAAGCACCACAAUUGUAGAUAUCAUCUUCUUCCAUCAAAAUUGGUGUCUUUGGUUGGUUUGCCCCCCACCUUGUAGUUCUCAAAUAUUGCUCAUAAGUUCCCUUCAUCCCUUCUCUAGUAGUUUAUUCUCUACAUGACAUUAAUGCUGUGUAGAACAUAUGGAAUGGUUCUUAGUCUCUGUAUUCAGUGUCUAGUAGCAAUGCUUUCUGUCUA